CUAAUGUUACCGUUUUGACGUCUCGAGACAUCAGUUGCAGAUUCAUUUGAUGUUUAUCAGUCGUUUUAGGCUCCAGAUUCUGCGUUGAUGUUCGCUUUAGCGAUUUGUUUUACGCGAGUCACUUUGUAGAGCCAGGGACCUAUUUGUUAUUCGACCAUUUUCAGAGUUACGUGCACUGUCGCAGGGCCCCGCGAUGUCUCGGAAGAAGAUACGAGCCGUGAAGGAUUAUGAGCUCCGGAACAUGAAUUUCGUAAAACCUUCAUGUAGUUUCUGCGCUACCAAAUUCUCUAAAGUGGCGCACUGCGCCGUUAUUGAACUAUGGAAAAAAUAACGCCGCCUUGAGGCGUCCGAUAUGGCCUUGGGCGUCCGCGUGUUUUCAGUGGAAGGGGUGGUGAAUGUAUACGGCCUUGGGUGAAUGGAGACAAUUCCUGGAAAAUUUGCAACACAGGUACUUCAAGUAUGACUUCCACUGAGGACUUGGGCUCAGCUCUGCAAGAGGAGUUGGAGAAGGCUAAGUCAACUUUAAAAGGAGUUGAUGAGAGCUUGCAAAGAUUUUUGGGCAGAGAUCCCAAUGAUCCAAGACCGGUCCGGCGGCGCAUCUCUGGCCCGGGCGGCCGGCCGGCAGACGAUUUCGGCGGCCGACACGUGGAGAUACGCGGCGACUUCGGCCGGCCAUACCCCGACGGGAGGGGCGACUUCGCGGGCCGCGGUCGGCCCCCCUACGGAACAGCCAGGGCAGAGUUUGGGGGCGACAGGCGGCCAGAGCCCGACGGACGCGGCUUCUACGACGCCAGAGGCCGGCGGAGGGAGCGACAUGACGCCGAGCUACGGGACGAGGACGGCGGGCCGGCGGCCAAGCGGCGCAUCACACACGGCUCCAACGGCAGGCUGGGUGUGGUGGUCAUCGGUCCCCGUCUGCGUAGGGCCAGUGCCAGCGACGAAGAACCGGAGCCCAAGCCGUCGGUGGCCUCUCACGUGAUCCCCGGUCCGGGCUCACGCGCCGCGGACCUGGAGCCACCUGAUGAUGGUCGCUCCCGACAGACGGCCCUCCAGGAGCGUAAGGGAGAUAAGGAGAACAUCAACAGGAGCCGCCGGAUGUUCGGCGCUCUGCUGGGGACACUGCAGCGGUUCCGUACGGAUGAGGUCAAACAGAAGGAAAAGGUGGAGAAGCGCGCGGAGAUUGAGCGCCGACUGGAGGACGCAGCUCGCCGCGAGAAGGCCGAGCUCCGCCAGCAGCGGUCAGACAUGUUCGCCCAGCGCAAACGCAAACAGCAGGAGGUGCGCCUCAUCGAAAUGAAGAUGGCGCGCGUCAAAGAGGAGGAGGCCUGGGAGGCGCACCAGAAGCACCUGAUGAACUUUAUCCGCACCUCGGGCAAGCCGUGCAUCUACUUCCUGCCCAAGGUGGCGCACCCCAACUCGGACGCCCUACUGGAGCGGAGUCGUGAGCAGCUCACCAAGUCUAUCGAGGAGCGCCGGCAGCGACUGCGGGACGACCUGGCCUCGUUUGACGCCCGACUAGAGCGGCUUCAGAACCCAGUGGAGCGUCGCGACUCGGCCGGCCAGCACUCGGAUCACGAGCAUGCGGACGAGGACGACGAAGAGGACGAUGACGAGGAGAUGCCGCCCGGUAUUACCUCCUCGGUGGUGGUGCCAGGCGGCGCGCGACCCGAGCGACGCUCGCCGGCCGCCGGGGACGCCUCGCGGCCCGAGCGCGAGGAGGGCGAGUGUGACGACGACGACGACCAGCCGAUGGAGACAGCGCCGGCGCCGGCCGAGCGGCCCGAGCGGCCCGCCUCGCCGGACCAGCAGCCGAUGGCAGUGGAGGGAGAGGGCGAACCUGCGGCGGCUGCCAGCCCGCCGGCUGAUGCGCCCAAGUCGCCGUCACCAGCGGCCGCCGACCGGCCGGCCUCCCCCAGCGCCGCCGCUGCCGAUGAGCCGAUGGAGGAGGGGCCGGCCCUGCCGCCGCCGCCUCCUCCUGCCGCUGCCGACGAGGCGGUGCCCGCUGCCUCUCCGGCGUCCCCAGAUGGAGCCGACGGGGGACGACCGUCGGCACCGGGGAACGACGGCGACAAGCGGACCGAGCCCACACCGCCGGCCGGCAAGGAGCGGACGCCGCCGCGCGCUGAAAGGAGAGAGAAAGAUAAGAGCUCCGACAAAGAAAGCCGACGAGAAAAGGACAGCAAAAAAGAAAAAGAUGGCAGGAAGGAUGAAAGCAGGAAGGAGAAGGACAGCAGGAAGGAGAAGGACAGGAGGAAGGAGAAGGACAGCAAGAGUGAGAGGAACGACGGGAAAGAAAAGGAUAGUAGGAAGGAAGACAGCGGGAAAGAGAAGGAAAACAUAAAAGAAAGAGAAAGCAGGAAAGAAAAAGAAAGCCGAAAAGAAAAGGAAAUGGAGAGCGGUAAAGACAAGGGAAGUAAGGAGCAGGAAAAGAAGAAAAACGAAAGCGAGAGGGAGCGCGAUAGCAGGAAGGAGAAAGAAAAUAGAAAGGAAAGCGAAAGGAAGAAGGACAAGGAUGCUGAGGGGAGCCGACGGAAGGAGAAGGACGGAGAUAAGCCUAACGACCGGCGCGGCUCGAAAGACGAUGCCGAGAGGAACGAGCGGCGCAGCUCCCGAGACGCGGCGGAGAAGACAACCACUGCGUGUGCUAAGGAGACUCAGAAUACCGGCAGGGAUGACAAAAAGGAUGACAAACGGCGUGACAAAAAGGGGGAUGGUAAACGGGACGACGGCGCCAGCCGCCGUAAGGACCAGGACUCUUCCGGCGCCGCUGAGAGCAGCCGGCGAAACGACAAGGACGGAAAGGAGUCGGAGAGCCGCCGCGACGAGUCGGGUCGGUCGCGCCGGGGCUCGGGCGGCGGGGAGAGGGACUCGGCCGGCCGGCGGGACCGUGACCGGCGCGCCGCCAACGACAAGGGCUCGCGCCGGGACGGCGGCGCCGGGGACCGCUCGGGCCGGCCGAGCCGCCGGCGCUCCCGCUCCAGUAGCUCGAGCAGCAGCGGCAGCAGCAGUAGCAGCAGCAGCGGCAGCAGCAGCAGCAGUAGCAGCAGCAGUGGCAGCAGCCGCAGUCGCAGCCGCUCCAGCUCACGGGACUCCAGGUGAAGUGGCGGGGCAGUUCCGGACGAUUUUCGCCCUCUGCUCCCCGCGCUGACUGCCGUUCUGUCAGUGAGGUGUGUGCUUUGUGUGGACGGUCGGACCUGGUAAAAGUCAGGCCGAGGACGCUGCUAAGGCUCGGUAAGCGUCGGCUUGCCACAGGCUGGGUCUCGUUCUGUGGAGGUGUGUAUGAUCCGUGACGGUAGCCGGCCGGACCGUUUAGAGUAACCUUGCCAUGGUCAUCUGCAUACGUAUGAUCGCUUCUGGCCCUGUCUGGGAGGUGCGUGUGAGUGAGACGGUUUGUACAUUUUGAGGCGUAACCAUUUUGAAUACGGUCAGCUCUGCCCUGCUCAGAGGCCAUUUAGAUCGAAAGACGUGUCGAUCUGUUUUUUGUAUGUAUGCGUGUGCGUCAUGCGUGUGUGUACAGGUGUGCUAGAUGUGUUCCAUGCCAUCAGGUCUUACAUCAGGCUGUACGUGAAUUCACGUCACGAACGGGGCCGGAGAGCUAUGGAAGCUCCUGUCGGGACAGUAGUUGUAUUUCGGAUUUCUUUGCCGCUGUAGGGUGGCCCUGUGAUGUCUGUCGGAUAAGCCCGCUUUGCCCGUAUGGGACAAAUACGCGGUCAGCGCGAUACGUCUUUUGUGCUGAUAAACAUCGCGAAAAUAAACCGAAUCGAAUUGUA